AUGGUUGACAUGGAUGAAAGAUCAUGGAGUGAAGAGGAGCAACUUGAUACGGAGAGUUGUUGCUCAGAGUCAGGGAGUGUCACUGAUGGACCAAUCUCUAACAUGAUCGAUGGAGUUAAUGGGGUGCUUAAGCUGAAUGAGGAAGGCGAUGAGUAUAUCAUACUGAAGCAUCAGUUCUAUUUGAGCAUUGGCACUCUUUCACAGCAGUGCACGGUUGUUAAUGCUUAUCGGAGUCUCCAUUCUUCUCCGACAAAGAAAGCUCAGGUUGAAAGUUUCAGGAUCUUCAAGGAGGCCAUGGAAGCUAGGGGGAUGCAAAUGUUGUUCAUUCCUGGUUAUGGAGCAUCGAAGGAUGAGGUUGAUCGAAUCAUGAAGGAUGGCUUUCGUGUAUAUGGAUUGCUUGAGAAUGCUGGAAUCUAUGGCUUUGGUCUGCAUCUUUGUCCGGAACUUUCUGCUCGCAAAAGGUUAAUUUCAUCACAGUACAUGAGUAGUACUUGUUUCUGCAUACAGUAUAAUAUAACCUUAUUUCCGCACCAAUUAGUGAAGAUGGAGAUUUUGAUCUGUCGUGUCAUCUUGGGAAGCACAGAGACGAUACUUCCCGGCUCAAGACAAUCAGGUCCAAGAUCUAGAGAUUUUGAUUUUGGUGUAAAUAACCAGCAAGCUCCUUCAAAGUAUAUUGUCUGGUAUCCUGAUGUCAAGACACAUAUACUGCCUCUUUAUGCGGUUACUGUCAAAAUGGAUCUGAGUUCAGGGGGGCUGCAGAGAGAACUAGAUGCCACAUUUGAAUUUCAUUCUAAUAAGAAACUUAUUGGAGCCCAAUCUAAGAUAACUCUAUAG